GGUUUCAGAAUGAAUGUAAUUGCAAAACUUGGCAGUGAGAAUGCACUGUAUCGCUUGGAGAAAGGAAAAGUCACCCUAACUCAGAUGAUUCCUGAGUUUGAAGCUGAGUGUCAGAAGGUUGCGGCUGAUCAGGGACUUUCUUUACCUGCACAAUUCUCAGCUCAGAAGCUUUUCAGUGACAUCGGGCAGGCAGAAUUCAACAAGCCGGUUCUUGAUGCUGCAGCUGUCCUCCGCCGUCAUGGCAUCUCUACAUGCGUCCUGGCCAAUAUCUGGGUGGAUGACACUGAUCAGAGAGACGGUGUCGCUAGGAUUCUCUCUGUAUUGGAAAGCCAUUUCAACCUAGUUGUGAGAUCUUGCUAUGCCGGUGUCAGAAUCCCAGAGCUAGACAUCUUUACCAGUGCCCUUGAAAAACUUGCGCUUAAACCUCAAGAAGCAGUCUGGCUGGAUGUGGAUGAAGAAAGUAUCAAGGCAGCUGAAGGUUUGGGAAUGACGGCUGUUCAAGUCAAGGACAUCACUGAGGCUCUUAAGGAAAUCCAGAAGCUUACAGAAAUAGAGGUCACCGGUGAUCUCCAGCCACCCUCUUGUGAUCCUGAAAAUGUCUCUCAUGGAUAUGUGAAUAUUAAGCCUGGCGUGAGGAUCCACUAUGUGGACUUGGGAGACGGACCGCCUGUUCUCCUGUGCCAUGGCUUCCCUGAGAGUUGGUUUUCCUGGAGGUAUCAGAUUCCGGCUUUGGCCAAUGCUGGAUUCAGGGUUCUAGCUCUUGACAUGAAAGGUUACGGUGACUCCACUGCUCCACCAGAGAUUGAGGAGUAUUCUCAAGAACAAAUCAUGCUGGAUCUGGUGACAUUUUUGGAUAAAAUGGGCAUCCCACAGGUGAUUCUGGUGGGUCAUGACUGGGGCGGUGCUCUGGUGUGGAACAUGGCACAGUUCCAUUCUGAGAGAGUGAGGGCCGUGGCGUCUCUCAACACACCUCUUUUUCCUGUGGAUCCAAAAACAAAUCCAAUGGAGAAACUCAAGGCCGUGCCGAUCUUUGAUUACCAGAUCUAUUUCCAGAAGCCUGGUGUUGCAGAGGCUGAACUGGAGAAAAACCUUGAGCGAACCUUCAAACUGAUGUUCAUUGCAAGUAAUGAAACUAAAUCAUUUCCUAGCACCGCAGGAGUCUGCCAGAGAGGUGGAUUGUUUGUGGCGUCACUGGAUGAUCCACCCCGCAGUGCUAUUCUCAGCGAGUCUGCGCUGGAAUACUAUGUUCAGCAGUUCACCAAGAGCGGCUUCAGGGGUCCUCUGAACUGGUACCGUAACGGGGAGAGGAACUGGCGUUGGAUGUGUUCCAGGCCGAGGGGCAAGGCAAGUGUCCUCACCGUGCUCCCGCUCUCUGACACCGUCACUGUCAGAAAUACCCAAGUGUUGCUUAUUCCAGCAAUUCCACACCACAUCUAGCCCAGUCCUGCAGCCUGAGC